AUGUUCUUCUCAUUCUUUCUUCUAUUACUUUUCUACCCUUCAUGUUUUCCGGCGAGAACAGCGCCGCUGUCCAGCUCUCCGGAGCCGGCAACCACCAUAAACCACAACUCCACCUGGCCCAACUUCCAGAAAUUCCUUGAUGCCAGCAAAGGCAGACACUUCAGCGGCAUAUCGGAGCUCAAGAAAUAUAUGCAACGUUUUGGGUACCUUCAGGUCACUGACACAACCUCCGGCGACGAAUUUGAUGAAAGAUUCGAGUUUGCAGUAGCCCGGUAUCAAAGGAAACUCGGCCUCACCGUCACCGGAAAACUAGACUCCGAUACCAUUUCUGAGAUGACGUUGCCGAGAUGUGGCGUGAGCGAUACGUUACCAACAUCAAAUCUACAUGCAGUCCGACAUUAUAAUUACUUCAAUGGCAAGCCAAGAUGGUCACGUGCCAUACCAACAACUCUCACGUACGCUUUUUCUCCCAACUGCAUGGCUUCAAAUUUGAAGCUUUCUGACAUACGACUCGUCUUCCGGCGAGCUUUUUCCCGGUGGUCAGCAGUGAUUCCGGUGAACUUCACCGAAGCAGAAACCUACGGGUUUUCCGACAUCAAGAUAGGGUUUUACACCGGCGACCAUGAUGAUGGAGAGCCAUUCGAUGGUGUUUUAGGUGUUUUAGCACAUGGGUUUUCGCCGGAGAGUGGGAAACUCCACCUUGAUGCGGCGGAGACAUGGGCUUUGGAUUUCGAAUCAGAGAAAUCAAGGGUGGCGGUGGAUUUGGAAUCGGUGGCGACUCAUGAAAUCGGUCAUGUGUUAGGGUUAGCUCAUAGUUUUGACAAAGAAUCUGUGAUGUACCCUAGUUUGAAACCUCGAGAGAAAAAAAUGGAUUUGAAGGUCGAUGAUAUCGAAGGAAUUCAACAACUUUAUGGAUCAAACCCUAAUUUCAACAUCAAAACGUUAUCGCAGUCCGAUACUUCUUCGAAUCACGGUAUAGAUUCGAAGAUCGAGCUCAGAUCAUCGAGGUGGAGCUUCGCCAUCGCGAUGCUUGCGAUCAUGUUUGUAGUUUGUUAAAGUAUGAGGUACGAUCGACAAAGCAAAACACAAUAGGAUAAAGAAGAUAGAAAGAUUUUUGGUUCAUAGAAAUUUGAUUUUUAAAUAUUUUUUUCUGAGAGAAAGUGAUCAAAACGAUCAUGGUAUCAAAAUCAAGAUUCUCUUUGAAUUUUUAAUUUUAACGUUAAUGGCUUUCUAAAUUCAGACAUAGUUGUUUGAGCUUAAUGAUACUUUUUGUAUUGUAGUAUGUGUUUUA